AUGGGCGCAAGUUCCCCCCGCAUUUUGUGUUCCAAGGGUGACGUCGAGAGGGAGGUCAGAAGUUACUGCGAGGAGGAAGUCGCCACGUUUUCGGUCCAGGCAAAGGCGUGGUUCGAUCUUCGAGUCAUGCUCGACUGGAUCGAAAACGCUUGGAAGCCUAUCGUGACGGAGCCAUCGCUACUGACCUUAGAUAGUUUGAAGGUUCACAAGAUGGCGGAAGAGCUCGAUGCACUGGCGUGCACUGGGACGGCCGUGCAGUUCGUGCCCGGUGGCUGCACGGGGGUGACCCAGCCGCUGGAUGUUGGCGUCAUGGCGCCGUUGAAACAGCACAUUCGCAAGGGCUACUCGAACCGUCCAGCUGGAAGACCCCGCAAGAUAACACCGGGUGAGCGUCGAUACGGCAUGUACUGCCGCGGGAUAUCGGGCUGGGAGAGGAUCACCGAAGACACAGUGCGCAACUCGUUUCACAAGGCGGGGCCAUUCGUCCAGUACGGCCCUCCACUUCACGGUUGA